CGGGGGCGGCAGUUGGCCGAUCGCGGAUCCGGAAGGAGUCUCCGCAAGGCAGCGUGCCCAGUCACUUCGCGGCCUCGGCAGAAUUCGCCGCCUUUCGCUGAGCGUCUCGUGUGCCAAGUGAGACGCGGAAGAGAGAGUGCAGGGAGAGCAGCCGAAAAGCCCCGUGCUAUCCUGCGACUCGAGGGCAAGCUGGGAAGAUGCUCAGCAGGAACACAGGCUUCCUCGCUCUGUGUACCUCGUUACUGCUGUUUGGGAUGUACCUGAACGCAGGACUGCUGACUCCACGGAGGCGCCUCGACGCAGCACGCCGCGCGCAGGGUGGCGUCGCCGCGGGAGCCUCCCCCGCCAACCUGACGGCGACGCCCUUCCACGUCCUCCUCCUGAGCUCCGUCGGGCGCAGUGGCUCCACCUUCCUCGGGGAGCUCCUGUCGCAGCGCCCUCGCACCGUGUUCAUGUUCGAGCCCGAGCGUUCCUCCAGCAGGAUUUUGAAUAUCUACCCUCGAUCUUAUUCCCACUUGGCGCGUGGUUCACAGCAAGUCCCCCACCGGCGUGACAGCAGCUGCCAGCCGGGACCUCAUCCAGCGGAUGCUCGAGUGCAGUUUCAGCGAGGAAUGGAGUAG